GAACAAGACCCAGGCGCUGGCUACCAGCAGCAAGCUACGCGACGCCCUCAGGAGCCAGCCUGGCUGGGACCCCGCGGAAGGCGACUUCGUGGACGUGCUCAGGGACCUGGGCUGCGACGCAGCGCCGGGUUCCUACCGCCUUGGCCAGUCAGGCGGCUGGAAGCGGGGCCCCCUCACGAUCGUCACCAAGACGGCGCUGAUGGCCUACGUCGAAAUGACCUGGGCCCCCCUGCUCCCCGAGGAGGCGGCCCACUCCUGCCUCGCCGCCGGCCUUUGCAACGCCAAGAGGAUGCACCCCCGGCGCCUGGUGAAGGAGCCGAUCAGCGCCUUGGCGCUCACGCUCGAGCGGGUCGGCUGGAGAUUCAUCAACGGCGACCCCUAUACGCUCCAUGACGCGUUGGGCCACGAAUGCCAAGUACGUCGCUAUUCGCCAGCUUUCUUCGGCCACAUGGUCUCCCAGGACUGCCGACGGGCCAUCGGGCUCGAGGAGGCGAGGUGGGACCUGCACCACCAGAGGGCGCUGCGCUGCCUCAUCCAGAACACCUACUGGUGCCAGGCCAGGGUCGGAGCGGAGGAUCCCUCCGCCCCGAAGAGCUGCCAGCUCUGCGACCACCCAGUCGGCACCCUCUUCCACAGGCGGUUCAGGCGCGAAGCUCACGAUGGCUGGAGGCGCGAUGUCCUGGAGCCGCUGCUGCGGGACGCAGCUGCACGCGUCGAGCUCUUGGGCCACCCUUUCACGAUGCUGUUCGCUAGGGGGUUGUUUCCCGACGUCUCCGAGCUGGCCCAGAGAAGGCCCCGUUCCAACGACGUCUUCAAGCACGCGACCUGCUGGCCGAAUUUUGGGCCCUUCGCCGACGGGGGGCGCGUCUUCGUGGACGGAUCUGGGCUCGAUCAGAGCUACCCGUGCCUGAGGACAGCUGGAUGGUCCAUCAUCGCCUUUGAUAGGCAUCGCAGGCUGGUCGCUGAGGCAUGGGGCUCAGUCCCGCUGUCGGAAGGGCCCGAGCAGCUGGCCAGCGACGGAGAGGACUGCGCGGUGAAGGUCUUCACCGACACCAUUGCUGGGGGCUCCUUGUGCGAUGCGCUGCCAAUCCUCUGGCUCAAGGACGCGGAGGUCAUCAAAGUCAAGGCACACCUGGGGCAGCAGGCAGUCAGGGACGGGCUGAUCACGCAGUUCGAGCUCGAUGGCAACGAACUGGCCGACGCCCGAGCUGAAGACGGGGCCUCGGCGGCCCGAGCGGAUGUCAACGACAUCCACUGCACCGAGGGCUGCCUCUUCAUCGCCCGCCUGGCGGCGAG